AUGGAGGGUAAUACCGUACCAUUUCCUAAGGCUUUAAUUAAUUCGGAAACAAAAGUCGUUAAUAAACGGGGCCCACAACAGGACGAGAUGUGGGAAGUUUUUAAACAAGUGAAAAUUAAUCUCCCGUUAUUAGACGCAAUCAAGCAGGUUCCGGCAUAUGCAAAAUAUUUGAAAGAGCUUUGCACCCAAAAACGGCACAACAAAUUUCCGAAAAAGAUAGCUUUAACCGAAAAAGUUAGUGCCGUUUUGUCGGGUGAGCUUCCACCAAAGCUCCGAGAUCUAGGUGCUCCUCUAAUCCCCAUUCAAGUGGGUGAAUUUAAGAUGAGUCGAGCCUUGCUGGAUUUGGGAGCAAGUGUUAGCAUCUUACCGGGAAGUUUAUACGAUCAAUACGACUUCGGACCAUUGAAACAAGCCGACACCACCGUGGUGUUGGCCGACUUGAUGUUGAAACUACCCCGGGGGAUCUUACGUGAUGUCAUUGUCAAAGUUGACGAGUUUUAUUACCCAGUUGACUUUUUGGUUUUAGACUACGUGCAAAUUGAAAAUACUAAACAACCUAAUGUCAUACUUGGUAGACCAUUUUUAGCAACCGCUAAUGCACUAAUCGAUUGUAGAAAUGGUACGGUUGACAUCACGUUUGGAAAUCGUAAGGUCCGAUUAAAUGCUUUUGCCCGAGCAUCUGAUUCUCUAGUCAAUGAUGAAUGCUUUAUGGCGGACAUUAUUGACGGGUGUUAUCCUCACGAAAGUGGGGAAUGCACUAUAGAGACGUGUUUUGUUUGUGACAGGGAUUUGGCGGAAAUAGAGGUGGAAUUGGAAUAUGCGGAAGAAGAGUUGGAGGUGAUGGCUGCCAAGGAAUUGAAGCCGACUUGGACGCAUCAAGUCGAGAAUUUACCGGAUCAUAUUGACACUCAAUUGAAGCCAUCACUUGAGUCACCUCCAUAA